CGUAUGCGGGCGUGUCUCUUGGACUCUAGAGCUGGUGAACCCAGGGCUGCUUCGGUAGGUUUGGCGUUCGCGGGAUUCUGCGUUUCUGGGGCGAGCUUACACGUUACGUCACUGGUGUAUCUCUCCUUGCUUGUUUAAGAUACCACCACUUAGUCCUCUGUUGCAGAAAUCGCCGUAGACUUUUAAGCGCCGCGGAAUCGGGACGACUUUGGUUACUGAUUUGUACACUCCCGGCAGAUCUGCGUGCAGUGUGUUGGACGCAGAGGUGGGUUGUAGGAGAUUUCAUUUUCCCCAGCUUUGCGGCUACUGUUUAGCCCCAUUUGCUUCUCAGAACGGGCUUCCCCAGCUUCGACUGAAAGCUGAGGGCCGAAAACUCAGAAAAGCAAUUCCUUUUUCCUGGUGAGGCUUCCAGAGGAUCAAGAAUAGCAAGCGAACUGAUUCCACCUGCAGUCGUAUAGAGAUUGGUCCCUCUGUCUUCCCCGUAAUCGUAGCCUGUUAACGUUCCUGUGUUAAGUUCCAAAAUGAGUGACCGCUAUCUAGAACAAAGGAUUAGUAUAAAAUUUUGCGUGAAAUUAAACAAGUCUGCAAGUGAGACCCACCAUCUUUUAAAAGAAGCGUAUGGGAAUGAAGUCAUGUCUAGGGCCAGGGUUUUUGACUGGCACAAAAGAUUUAAAGGAGGACGGGAAGAUGUUCGAGAUGAUGCCCGAAGUGGCCGUCCAGUUACCCACCGGACAGAUGAAAAUAUCCAAAAGGUCAAGGACUUGGUUUGUUCAAACAGGCAGUUAACAGUGAGGAUGAUGGCCGAAGAGUUAAAUUUAGAUAAAGAAACUGUCAGACUCAUUCUGAAAGAAAACUUGAACAUGAGAAAAUUUUCUGCCAAAAUUAUAUCCGCUAUUUUGAAGGAUAACCCUAAACCUCAAAAACUAGACUUUUGUUUUGAUCUUUCCAAAGAAACUAGGAAAAAUAGGUUGUGUGUGAAGAAAAAGGUAAUAGGCUCUGAAACAUGGAGGCAUCUUCAGUGUGAAGCUGGCGGGGAAAUGCCUCUGCCUGUCUCCCAUCCCAGAAUCCACUGUGCCGCCAGCCAGCUUCUGCAGGCCUCAUCUUCAACAAGCCUUCCCACCAGGGCAGCUCAGGAUUGGUUCACACUUUGGUGAAAGGAUUGUGAGGUAGCUAAACCUGAGCUAAAAAGCUGCCUCACUGCUAGGCACCUUCAUUUGCUGCUGCUCUGUUUCCAGUCAUCUGUACCAUCCCUCCCUCCAUGCCAUGGCUCUCCUUGGUUACUCUGCUGGACUUGGGCCAUAUCUUCCUUGCUGUUCUGCACAACUUUGAAGAACCUGUGGCUGCUGACUUCUGGUUCUUGCUUGUUCUUGAUUUCUUUUGCUUAACAAGUUUGGAUCUCUUCACUGCCCAGACCUUAGAUUGUUGUGGCUGUCCUGUUCCUUCCUGUGUUCUCAACAUGCUGCCUCAGGGGAUCAUACCAGUGAGAGGUGGGAGCAGGAUCUCCUGGAGUCUGUAUCACUGUGCCCAGGGAGGCAUGCUCUUCUGGGGGGACCCCCAGAGAAGGCCUCCAGUUCCAGCCUGCUUCACAAUGAGGCCAGAGGUAUGGUACAGAAGGCAGUGGCAUGCUGACAUAAAGAGCAAUGCUAAGGGCCAGUCCAGCCCAAAUGAUUCAGUGGGAACCCCUCCGAACUUGGGUUGGCCUACCCAUACUGAGCUCACAGACCUAAACCUCACAAUAGAGGGGGAUUUAUUUCAUUCUAGUCCUGUGCUUUGGACCCUGCCCCCACAACAUGCACAUGCUCAUUUGGGUAUCUUCUCUGCUGGAAGAGGAAGAUCUGGUCCUUGAAAAGACUCAGACCUAGGUUGUGCUGUGUGGGGAGGGAGACCAGGCAACACUAGACCAGACCCUGCAUUAAGGAAGCUGCCUACGUGCUGAGUCCUACAUGGCAGCCUGAUUUUAGAAACUAUUGGCAGCAUUUGUCAGGUGCUUUUUGGAUACCUGCAGUUUUUAGAACACGGCUGGGCAUUGACAGUGUGAUA